UGUUCCUCAGCAUGCCAAUCACAAAGCCAUACUUCAUGACUGUGGCAGUCCUUCUGAUCCUGGUUGACGAGUCCACAGGCGGCCUGUUUAGGUUCCUCGGAAGCAAGAGGCGAGAGCCGUGGAUUGCGUGUGAGGUUUACCAGGGGAUAUGCAGAAAUGCCUGCCAGAAAUAUGAGAUCCAAUACUUAACCUGCCCAAAGAACAAGAAGUGCUGCCUCAAAUUUCCUAGGAAGAUGACCAGCUUCUAA